CGGGGACCGUCGGCGCUGACGUCACCUGUCCGGGCCUGCGACUUCAGGCUUCUCCCUGUGACCGAGGGAAGAAGCGCUGAGUCUGGGCCGGGGACCACACACACCCGGGGAAAGUACCGUGAUACAGCCAGGACCGUAGGAUGAGUUCCUCCAGCGAUGAAGGCAGCAGGACCCCCACGCCUCAGGACGCAGCCGGCCCCAGGAAGAAUGGAAAUUCUCUCCAAAGGAGCAUAAAGCAAGAGACCGAUUGCCUGGUUCGGAUUGCUUUGUCUGGUGCUGAAAACAAUAACCAGGAAUAUCAGAUGAAAGAUGCCCGAAGCAAACGGUUGGAUGACUAUAACUCAUGGGAAGAAAGCAAACUGCAACCAGGCAGUUAUGCUGAGGAGUUUAGCCCAAAGAAUGGGAGAAGUCCGAAGAACAAGUAUGGAAACAGGAAGUGUGCGGUUCAAAGCUUUCAGAAGAAAGAGUUCACUUUUAGCAUGAGCGGGGACCCAGAUAAUAUCCAGUAUGCAUUUACUGCGGAUCCUAGCUACACUUUGCUCUCUGCGUUGAACACAUCCUGUGACUUUGAAGAGAAGGUGAAAAGUGACAACACGAUCCUGGCCUACGGGGAGGGCCCACUGAGAGGGUUGGUGAACCUGGACAUCCGGUGCCGUUACCUGCCACAGCAUUCCCACUUCCGGCUGCUCUUCCUGCGGACCCAGAGCCGGGAGGGCAGCGGCGUUGGGUCCGAGCGCCCUCUGCCCCCUGAGUGCCCGCGCGGCGAGAGCCACGUCCUCUUCUACGUGGAGCCAAGUGGCAGGACCGCGGGCAACAACGCCCAGAGGAUCGUCCUGGCCGACCGGAUCGCCCAGGGGCAGACCAAGCUCUGCGUCCUGGGCUUCCAGGGGGAGACCAUCCGGGAAGCGCUGGCCAACGACGGCCGCUUCGACGCCAAGGUAGAGGACGACAGCCACAAGCUGCUGGAGAAGGUGGACCCGCCGAGGAAGAUCCAGUUCAACAACAUGGUGGAUGGGCUGCACGGCCGCAGCUUCCAGGUCGAGCUGAGCGGCCCCAGGAGGAAGGCCACUACCGAUGAUGGCGGCAAAAGCCCGAAGCCCAGAGCCGGCGAGUCGGCCGCGCGGCUGGCCAGGAAGGAGCUGGAGAGCCGGGGUCAUGAGGGGGCUCGCUGCCUGCUGCCAAGGUGGCACCUGGAAGCCCGCCGAGCCUCUCUCUCCAGGUUAAAGCAGUUGGUGUCCAGGAAUGCCGAGCUGGCCAACGUCUCGGAGCGACAGUACCUGAACCGCCACCACCAGGAGGCCCUGGCGCCGGUGCCCGCCAGGGCUUUCCGCUGCAUCUCGAGCCGCCUCUCCAGCGUGGGCUGUGUCACCUGGAAGAACUCGGCCGCUCUGGGCAGUGGCACCUGCUUCGUCCUGGGUGAGAGGUACCUCCUCACCUGCUACCAUGUGGUGGAAAUGAUGACGGAGGGCGCUGCGCCGGGCACCUGGCCCACCCUGGUCCGCGACUGCACCGAGGUCUUCUUUGGCUACGAGGAGGAUGGCAGGAAAGGUCAGCCGCUGAAACUGGCAGCCUGGCUUGAGAUUUACGACCAGGCACUUGACUACGCUGUCCUGGAGCUCGAGAGCAGCCCCGGAGCCCCGGGCCUGCUGCAGCUCUGGGCCAGCCCACCUCAGACUGGGACCCUGUAUAUUACUGGGCACCCUGAAGGAGACAAAAAGAAAAUCUGCCCUUGUGUGGUUGUGACCGGGUACCCGAAGGCAUCUGGUUACACGACGCCAGAUCUGGAAAACUUGAGAGCUGGGGUUGCCAGAGAAGAAGCUGAGGAUUACACGCACGAGACGGUCUUGAUUGCAAGUCAAGCUUUCAAUAGACUGAAAUACUCCAAUGUAAUCACUUACAAAACGGAGUUCCACUACGGUGCUGCAGGCUCCCCGAUAUUUAACUCUGAGGGGUCCCUGGUUGCAUUGCACUGCGGUGGGGAGAUUUACAGGAAAAAUAAAGACCCAGAAAAGUUCUACAUUGAACUUGGAAGGCCCAUCCCGCUUAUUCUCCACGACAUAAUUAGCAAGAGCCAGACUGCCGCCACAGAAAAGUCCGAGCAGCUAAUCGCCACACUACAGCACUUUUUAAUGCGAGAUGUAGACGGCUAGGGAACAGAUCAUGGAGCAAGGCGGGUAUACUGGUUAACUAAGUUACGUCAAAUGGAUGGGAAAGGUACAAAUGAGUUUUCUUUUUUUCUCUCUCUGAAGGGUAUUACCUGAAGAAUCAACCCAGUGACCAUGUAAUUUGCUUGAAUUUAGCAAUUUGUCCAGCAGCCACGAUCUGGCAUGGAUUUUUAAAGGGUUUUGUUGUCUAGCAGUGGAGAAAAAUAUGGGUAACUUUGUUCGGUGACAUGACAGUGUGCAUUAACCAAGGUUAAAAGUGGGAAACACUACACAGUUCCAAGUUAACGCAAAUGUAUGAGGGGUGACUUUUGCUUUGCUUUUUAAUAAGGCUUUGCUCUUCAAAUGUGGAAACUUGCUGUCCCAGACAGCGAGAGUGGAUUUAGAGAAUGCUCAGCGGGAAAUAAUCGAGGCUUUCUUUGGUUAGUAUCUGCAAAUCUGUAUCCUUGUUUCCCAACAACAUUCUCUUCACCAUCAAUUUCCUUUGCAAACUCAAAGUGGCCAUCUGUGUGAACUGAGAUGGUGACUAUAUUUGAGGGCACCACUGAUCACAGCUAAGCCCCUAUCUUGUUCUUUUGAAAUUUUCCGACACUAGAAAUCGGGAGUGCCUGCCCAGCUCAGGCUCUUAAGCUGAUUUUCGCCUGAUGCUUCUAACAUGGGUCAAAGAUUGAGUGGGUUCAAGCGACAAUUUUUGGUCGGUGUUGAACUCUCAAUUCUGAGACACUUUUUUUAUCCUCAAACCCCCGUGCACCCCCCACACAAAAAAAAAAGACAUUGCCCAAUCCUGGAGCAAGUUCGAUUUUGUUUUGCUGCAUUUUCAGAUUUUUUUUUAGCCAGAGUUUGUUUAGCAUGUGGCAUUUGUCUGGCUUGAAAUGACAAACUGACCAGUCAGUGUGUAAUUUUGAAUGUUUUUUCCCCAUUGAUUGUCAAAUUGCAACAAGAUUUUUGUAUUACCUCUGACAGACAGCAAUGCCUUUUUUAACAUUUUAUUAGCGCAGCUCAGCAGACAACUCGAACGCAACAUCCUGUCCCAGUGAUGUAUUGGAAAUAUAGUUUUGCAAUCUUGGGAUCCACCACCUCAUCCUACCCUGUAAAAGUGAGUGUUGGAGGGACAUCAGUGCUGCAGUGUUAGAAGCAACUACACACAACUAACAAACAGACAAAUUUGCCUGAAUCUGCUCCCUGGUUGCAAAUCUGUUCUGCAAAUCAUGUAGCUCUGGAGAUAGCUUAUGGGACUUGUUAAUGUCCCCUUUUGUACACCCAUCCCUUCUUGCACUAGGUUGCUACAGCUGGUUUGCACAGUGUCUGAUGCAGUGGAAUGUUUUCAGUUAGGUUUGUACAGAAAAGAAAAGUUUAAUUACAGAAAAGUGCCAAGUACUAUCUUAAGCAGCCCACAGUAUUUUGAUUUCCUCUCGCACACUCCCUGGGACCUGCGAAACUCUUCAAUGAGGCUGCAGUCCUGCUUCACUGUAAUCUUCCUCUCGGAUAUGCAACGUAACCUUUCCAUUUAUGCAGACAAGGGGAAACAUUAUUGCCUGAUUUAUCAAUGGCUAUAGAAAAAACAGCUUGCACCAUUUUUGUAUUAAUUUGAAUUCUGUUAUAUUUGUAGUCUGCAUGUCCUCCACAGUUUCAUCCACCUCAUUUAUGUAUUGAUGCCAAAGAGACUGUUUCAGUUUAAAUAAAAUGCUUUUCGCUCCCAGUGGUGCGAUGGCGAGGACUGGAACAUCUGUGAGCAAUACAACCAUGGGAGGCAUCACAGGCCUGAUGGUUGUGUCCUCCAACACUUGUGUGCUAACAACAAUUGAUGGAAAUAAUUAUGGCAAAAUCACAGAAAGCGCCACAGGUCAUGUGGCACCCCCUACUCCCCCUCGCCAGUCUCAAUUAAAGCAAUCAAACUCCGAAACCUGUGUGGCUCUGUACCACGUUAAUGAAUGUAUUUUACCACUGACCUGCUUCAUUUUUAUUCUCCUCCUCCCCCGACUGCUCCUGUAUAUAUCAAGCACAAUUGCCAAAUGCUUGUAUUCAUAUGCCCAAAUAUAUUGAAUGAGCACCCGCUGGUGAAAUGCUGAGUAACUGGAUGUCGGAACACUAACUACAACAGUUGGGUGACUUUUCCAAGUGUUUGUUUUGGUGCAUGCUUUUAUGAUCGCAGAGAGGCUUUCUGACUGUGGGCGUCACAGAGAGUUCUAUCCUGCUCUCGCCUGGCUCCUGCUCAAGUAGAUUUUCAGUGGGGAGGGGGAGGAUGGGCAGCUGCGUGUUGUCCAAGUGCAUGAAAUCGAGGUGGUUUAAAUUUAUUUUCUUCCCUUUCGUAGGGGCAUUGACCAAUUGUAGCACUCCCAUCGCUGCUGUGGUAACUCCUCACAGGUGGCUGGGACCAAGUCUCGGCUUCAGAGAAUAAAGUCUUUAUUUCUGGGCCAGAUGGUUGGCAAAUGUUUUCUUGGGGAGAAUAAAGUCACAUAAAUAGUGGAACAUUACACACACGAAAUGGAAAGAUUUCCAUUUUAUUUUCUGUAACACAAAAGAAAGGACCUGGACCCUUCAUAAAGCCCUCAUUCGUAGCUUGAAUGGCGCUGCAAUAUUUUUGUCGAACUGGGAUUUUUUAAUUGCUAGAAUUUGAUACAAGAAUUCCUGGAUAUUCUGUAACUCACAUAAUUGGGUCAUGUAGUCACAAUAAAAAAAAAUCCUGAUUAAAA